GUGGAAGCACCCAGGUAUUGGUAGCCUUGUGCACGGGCCACAUUUCCAUUCAAUUGACGAAAACGCGUUUUUCAAACCCGACCUCACAUCGAGAGUACAUCCGCAAACAAGUCAACCUGGAAUUCGACUCUCGUGAGCACCUGCCGAGCCCACAUCCCUCGUCAACCAGUGUGACGAUGGCACAAGCUGCAACAAAUGGCGAUACUGCAGCUUCGGCUGCAGACUCGCUUGAUAACCUCAAACCUCCGACUGGCGUAAUCAUUCCUCCUCCAGGCGAGAUCCGCGAGGCGAUCGAGAAGACGGCCGGCUAUGUUAUGCGUGGAGGACUCGGCCUCGAGCAGCGCAUCCGAGAGAACCACGGUACAAACCCCAAGUUCAACUUCUUGAUGAGCAGCUCAGAUCCCUACAAUGCAUACUACGAAUGGCGAAAGCAAGAAAUCAAGGCGGGCCGGGGCACUGCCGUCGCUGCCGGCCGGGCAGGAGAGACAGCCUCUGCACCCGUGAAGGAGGAACCGAAAGGUCCCCAAAAGCCUCCCGACUUCCAGUUUUCAGCCCGUAUGCCUCGUAUGAGCCAGAAAGAUUUGGAGAUCGUGCGACUAACUGCCCUGUUUGUCGCCAAGAACGGACGGCAGUUCAUGACGCAACUCGCCCAGCGUGAGGCCGGCAACCCCCAGUUCCAGUUUCUCAUGCCCAAUCACACCUUCCACAACUUCUUCCAAAGCAUGGUCGACCAAUACUCGACGCUUUUGCGCGAGGGCGGCGUCAACGGCGAAGGCACCAAGGCACAGCAGGAGCGGAUCGCUGAGCUGAAGCUGAAUGUGGAGGAUAAAUACCGCGUCCUAACGCGGGCAAAACAACGAGCCGAAUAUGCCAAAUGGCGGGAGGCAGAGAAGAUCAGGCAGGAGGAGGAGGAAGAACAGAAGAAGGUCGAGUUCGCGAGCAUUGACUGGAACGACUUUGUCGUCGUCGAGACCAUUGUCUUCAACGAGUCCGAUGAUCAAGCCAAUCUCCCUCCGCCGACGACACUCAACGACCUGCAAUAUGCCUCGCUUGAGGAGAAGAACAAACAUUCUAUCAGCUCGAACCUGCGGAUAGAGGAGGCGUUCCCCUUCGAUGACACGAGCUAUAAUGCUUACCCCCAGCAGACGUACGGUGCUCAAGCACCUCCAGUGCAGCCCUAUCAACCCACCCAAGUGCCAAGUCCCCAGACGUCUUUCAACGGCGCCGCUUCAUAUCCCAUGCGGACGGCAUCAGCGCAGGAACAAGAGGAGGCCCAGAGAAUCCAGGAACGGGAGCAGGCACGCGCCCGCAUGCAGCACGCGCAUGCCGAGGCAAAGGGAGGCGCUGCGCCGAUGAAGAUCAGGGAGAACUACGUCCCGAGAGCGGCUGCCAGGGCUGCCAACAAGUUCGGCGGGCAGAUGGCCCUGUGCCCCAAUUGCAAGCAGCAGAUUCCCUUGAACGAGCUCGAGGAGCAUAUGAGGAUCGAACUCCUGGAUCCUCGCUGGAAGGAGCAGAAGGCCAAGGCAGAUUCGCGGUACGCUACGACAAACUUGUCCACGGCGGAUGUCGCGAACAACUUGAAGCGCCUUGCCAGCCAGCGGAGCGACGUCUUCGACGGUGUUACCGGCCAGCCUGUAUCAGAAGAGGAACAGGCUCGCAGGAAGAAGGCGGCCAUCCACAGCUUCGACGGCAACCCGGAGGGCAAGAGCCAGGGGCAUAUUAACCACCUUCAGAGCGUCAACGUCGAGGAGCAGAUCCGAGCCAUCCAUCAGAAGUUUGCUGAGAAGAAGUAGGACGGCUAGCAUAUCUUUGUGUGGAGUAUUGUGAUGGGAUAUAUGCCAUCUCGUCGACCUCGAGGGGAGGUAUGGCCUCGAGUACAGG